UGAUCUUAAAAAGUUACUUUAAUAUAAAAAACAUUUAAUUAAUAACCCUGAAAACAGUACAGUUAAUAUUUUUAGGAAUUACCCACAUUUUCAUCAUACCAUUUCUUUUAUAUGACAUUAUAUUGUAUUGACCCUUACUCAAACAUGAGGUAUACCUACCUAAAAUAUUUUUUUGUGCAUGCAUCCCCUGAUAAGAGAACAAUUAAGCUUGACAUUGCAGGCUGAAUAUAAUGGAGUGCUAUUAUUUGUCUAGGAAAUUAUUAAAUAAAAGUCGGGGCUGUUUAUUUCCUCGCUUAGUAAGAGGAAAUACUGUGUAAAGAACUCGACAUAUAUGAUCUAUUUUGUUUCAUUUGAAUUGUAACUUUCGGAAAAUGAAGACUUCAUUUGGAUGGUUUUUUUUGCUCUUGAGCCACGUGAGUGCCUAUCGCUUUCUAGAGGAAUCUUGUGGAACUUGGCCUACAUAUAAGCCCACCAAUGUUGCCUGGUUGGCUAAUAUUUGGAAUGACACACAUUUUCAGUGUCACGGAACCCUGAUUCACAGACGCUUCAUUUUAACUGCUGCUCGUUGCAUACAUCUCCCUGGAAUGAAUAUUGGCAGUCAUGUGGAAUUUGGAUCAGCUAAAUAUAAUGUCAGUAUAUUGGUGGCGCACAAGGAUUAUCUACAGAACGAUAUUGGCCUGCUGAAGUUGUCAAGAAACGUCGACUUCAAUGCCUUCAUUUAUCCAAUAUGUAUAAUUUUGGAUAUGGAAAAAAGGAAUUAUGUAAAGAACACGAACACGUUUAGAACUACUGCCUCUAUACUAUACUAUAACUAUAAUACUGCUCAAGUCAUUAAGAUUAGUCAGUUAAAUCGUUAUUAUUGUCAAAAUCACUUAAAUGCCAAUUCGAAUCAAAUUUGUGCUACUAGUAUCGCAAAUCGAGUGUCCUGUUCUCUUGAGCUUGGAGGUCCCUUGAUUCAAUAUAUCUCCUUCGGUAAUUUACCUCGUGAAGUUCAGCUUGGGAUCCGAAGCGCUGGGGAAAAUGGCUGUAAUGAACCCAGAGUUUAUACCGACCUCACAAAUUAUGUCAAAUGGAUUGAGAAUACUGUACAAAGAUUGAGUACCGAAGAACAAAAGCCUGAGCAGAUUCCAAGCCACGGAAUAUGGUUGUAUGAAAACUGUAGUGGCAAUAUCUUAUCAUCGAAAUUACGGGCUUUUAUUUAUGGACCUCAAUUCAGGGCUCAGGGUUGGUUUAUUACACACAGAUUUGUCAUCACAAAUGCCCAAAACCUUCCCGAAGACGCUUCCUCAUUAGAUGUGGGUUUGGCGGAAACCCCAAGGUCCUAUGACGAAUUCAGAGUCCUUUCUAUAUUCAAGCACCCAGAAUUCUCUCAAUAUUACAAAAAUGAUAUAGCUUUGCUCAAACUGAAUAGACCGGUGACUUUUGACAAGAUGAGUCCUGUAUGCAUGCUAGCCCUGAAAAAUCACCAGGAACAGGCCGAAUCUGCUUGGUACCAUACUAUGUUUUACUAUGUUCAAACUGAAAAUCACAUUACUAUAGUUGAAAAAAAUGUUACACUUUUUGAUCCCUUUCAAUGCUCCCACAUAAUUAGAAACACAAUAGACCAGAAUCAAGUCUGUGUGCAAUCUUCCCAAGGAAUGAGUUACGGAAAUCCUGGAGACAUACUGAUAAAAAAGAUAAUGUAUAUGGGAAAAGAAUGGAUCGUCCUGGUUGGUAUUGUCAGUUAUUCAUCUAAUGGCAUACAAGUUUUUACAAAUGUUAUGAGACAUACUGAUUGGAUAACCGAAAUUGUUACCUCCAAUCAAUAACCAUACUAUGCAAAAUAUACGAGUAUACUUAUAUAACUGA